AUGAUUGUCGCGUGCCCGCACGCAUCGCCGGCGGCUCGCGCACUCGCCUCGCCGCGACACCGCGCGUCGUCCGAUAAGGUUCGAAAACCGGCAUGGACGAAGGUGAUCGCCAGAGCCUCGCCCGACGACGCGCCUCCCGCUGGCGGAUCCGGAUCAUCCGCGCAGGACGCCAUCGCCGCGCGCCUCGCCAAGGCCAAGGAAUACCAGGCAAAGGCCAAGGAGGCGUCCAAGAACCAGGGCACCAGGGCUGAGCUCGAGGAGACUCUGCGCCAGGCUCAGGAGAGGCUCGAGGAGGCGAAGAAGGCCCCGACGCCUCCGCCCGGGCAGAAGCAGCAGGUUCGCGUCAAGAUCGUGACGAAGGACAACAACUACAACCCGUUCGACGACGACGAGCGCAUCGUCGGUUACGAGGAGGGCCAGACGGUCUACAAGCCAGACACCGGCGGAUGGGGCGGCGAUAACGAGUUCGCGCCAUCCGAGGAGCAGAAGAGCAUGCUCACGUCCGGCCGCAGACGCGAGCGCGGUCUCGGCGUGGACAACGACAGCGGCGUGGGCUCGCUCGAGGAGCAGGGCGCGCAGCUCUCCAACGACGUCAUCGGGCAGGUGGUGGGCAGGGACACCAAGAACGCGGACGGCACCAAGAAGGCGUAUCAGCCCAAGGUGAGCACCUGGGGGGUGUUCGAGCGCCCCGACAACAUCAGCAAGGAGUUCGGCGGCGGGCGUAAGAUCUCGAUGGGCGGCGAGGAGGAGACCGAGGAGCAGAUCGCCGAGCGGCGUAAGCGCGUGCAGGACAAGCUCAACAAGUAUCGAAAGGAGCAGGGCAUCGACGUCGACGAGGGGACCAAGAGCAGGUGGUACGUGGCUCUGAAGGACGCGAAGGCUUCGUUGAGCAAGGGUAACUUCCAGGAGGGAAUCGAGCUCCUCCAGGACAUCGUCCUGGUGGAGAAGCGAAGAAGAUGA